AUGCCAAGUUUGUUUAAGGAAGGUGACAUAAUGAUCGGAGGAAUCUUCCCAGUUUUAAACAAAGAGAUACUCAGCACUUAUACAUUUGACAAGGAGCCACCUAAAGUGCAGUGUGAAGGAUUUGAUCUGCGAAUUUAUCGAUGGACACAGGCAAUGUUAUUUGCCAUUGAAGAAAUCAACAACGAUCCUGCUCUGCUUCCAAACAUAUCUCUUGGAUAUAGGAUCCUUAACUCUUGUGCAUCUCCUACAAAUACUUUACGUGCUGCUCUAACGCUGGCUAGUAGAACAGAGGAGGCAAGUGCGACUUCUCAUUGCCCUCCAGCUAUAUCUGCCCUCAUAGCAGAGUCUGGAUCAUCUCAGUCAAUAGCUGCUGCUGGAAUUCUUGGACCAUUUCAUAUGCCAAUAAUCAGCUACUUCUCAACGUGUGCUUGUCUGAGUGACAGAACUAAAUAUCCUACAUUUUUUAGAACAAUCCCCAGCGACUAUUUCCAGGCAAAAGCUUUGGCUGCACUGGUCAAACAUUUUGGAUGGCAGUGGAUUGGAGCCAUACAGUCAGACAAUGAUUAUGGACGUAAUGGAAUUCUUGCUUUUAAGGAGGAGGUUGAAAAGUUUGGGGUUUGUGUCGCUUUUGUUGCAUCAGUUCUACGCACGUACACAAGAGAUGAAUUUCUAGAAGUUGUGGAAAUAAUUAAACAGUCGUCUGUCAAAGUAAUUUUAGCUUUUUCUGUUGAUGGUGACUUUUAUCCUUUGAUGCAAGAGAUUGUGAACCAGAACAUUACAGGAAUUCAGUGGAUUUCUUGUGUGGCUUGGAUAACAUCAUCUCGACCCUCCACGCCUGAAAUGUAUAGAUCCUUUGGCGGAACAGUGGGAUUUGUAAUGCAGAAGAUGGCUAUUCCUAAGCUUAAUCACUUUCUUACAAGUAUUAGUCCUUAUACAGAUCCCAAUGCACCUUUCGUGAGGGAUUUCUGGGAGAUUAUGGUGGGCUGCACACCUGUUUUGCCAGGGGUACAUGCAGCUACUGAGGACACAACGAAAAGAUGUACAGGCAAUGAAACAUUAAUGAAUUCCGAGGAUGAUUUCUUCAAUGUCACAGAGCUCAGAGUGACCUAUAAUGUGUAUAAAGCGGUUUAUGCUAUUGCACAUGCUCUGCAUCAGCUGGUAUUUUGCCAACCAGUUGGAGCACAAACAGUAAAGCGAUGUUUAAACCUGACAGAUAUUCAACCCAAGGAGGUCAGUAAAAAAUUACAAAGGGUGAAUUUCACAAAUCAGUUUGGUGAUGAGGUGUUUUUUGAUGAGAAUGGCGAUCCUCCUGCUUCUUAUGAUGUUAUUAACUGGCAGUUGAUAAAUGGAAAAGUGCAACAUGUGACACUUGGUCAUUUGACAUUUGCUGCAAAUGGUGAUUACAAGCUCAGCAUCGAGGAGGAAAAGAUAGUGUGGAGGACAGGAAAAACAGUCCCCACAUCAGUGUGUUCUAAUGUUUGCCCAGUUGGUACCAGAAAAGCUCAAAUUCAGGGAAAACCUAUAUGUUGUUUUGACUGUGUACCCUGUGCUGAUGGAACUAUAGCCAACUCAACAGGUUCAGCAGACUGCACACCUUGUCCAAAGGAAUACUGGUCCAAUGAGAGAAAAGAUGAGUGCAUCCCUAGAAUAAUUGAGUUCCUGAAAUAUCAUGAGCCCAUGGGAAUAGCUCUAACACUUGUAUCCCUGUUAGGGGCCUCUCUCUCCUUGGCGACAAUGGUGCACGGUGGCAUGGUGGUCAGUACUUCUCCCGCAUAG